AUGGAAAAAGAAGUGGAAACCAGCCUCUUUUCGUUGCCACCGGAGCUCUUGUGCGGCAUUAGCUGCUACUUGCCGGGAGAAGAACUACGUCAAUUCGGGACAACCUGUACGCGGUUAAAAACGAUCGCCGAUAGAACCGCAGUUGGCCGAAUCGCCUAUCUUUUGCGAAAAUCUGAGCCACUUUGGGCCCGUCUCCAUCGAGGCGCGAUUCGGCAUGGGAUGAGAUCGCCGACUGCUAUUCUUGAGUUCAUGGAAGGUAAAACUGGCUCCUCUGGAUAUUCGAACGUUUUCUUCAGAAAAACAGUUCAGAUGCGACUAGCCCACACGAAAAAUACUGAUCCGAUUAUCGUCACGCUUGACACCGGAAACCCCGAUCAUUCGGUCGACUCCGUUGAUCAUCUGGAAGAUGUAAAUCUUUUCGACUCGCCAAAGUUUCCAGCGCAAAUUCGGAUUGAAAAAGAUUUGGCCGCCGCGGCGUUUUUCAAUCGGCUCCCAAAGCUGACUGUCUAUACUUGGAAUCUAGCGGCGGAACCGACAAAAUCACCUUCUUCGAGCGAAAUAGGGCCGAUUUGGCGUCGACCGCCAACGAGGACCGUCGCUUUGGACUUGAGCAACUUUGACAUUUUUGACGACGAUAUUCCGAUUCUCGGCGAUGUUCAAAUUUGUGCAAAAUUCGUGGCUGUCUAUUUGGGUUGUAUUGGCGUUGUGGUCGUUGUCGACAUGCAACGAGACCGGGACGUUAGUGUGAAGGUUCGUUUUCCUUCUGCGCUCUUCUGUUCAAAGGUCCAUCGAACGAGCCAGAGCGUCAUCAAUUUCCGCGGUUUCUUUGUUGAAAAUGAGACUCAUUUUUUCGCGUUUGAAGAAGCGGAUGACUGGAUCGACGAGUUUACUCCAGCCUUUCUGACAUUUUACUCAGCCAAAGACGGAAGGCAACUCGAAGAAUAUCUCAAGAUAGAUGAGCUUCUUUCAUCUCCUCACGGGAUAAAAAGGCUCAAUGACAAAGUCUUUGUUGUCUCAGAAAAGCGCAGGAACUUCUUCCACGUCGUUACUUUGGAUAAAGAAAGUCCCGUCGCCCGUCAUUUCGCGUUUCGUCACGAAAUCGAAUCAUGUAUGCUCUUAUGA